AUGAGCGUUGAAUACUCAACACCGUCCGAUAUGCCUUCACUAGACCCCCGAACCCUUGUCUCGUCCUUCUCUCGUGCCCUCACAUCCUUCCAAUCAUCCUCAGACACAUUCCGUAUUCUGUGUACUCUACCCCACACCUCCAAUGUCCCCGCGCCGCGCCGACCCGGCCAACCAGUCCGGGAUCUCGUGAUCCUAGACUCGAGCUUCAACCCGCCGACAUUGGCGCACGCGAGCAUGGCCCGGUCUGCUCUGAGUCCAGCGGGGCGCCAGAGGCUUAUGCUUCUUUUAUCGGUCAACAACGCUGAUAAGGCGCCUAAGCCGGCAAGCUUCCCUGUCAGACUAGGCAUGAUGGAGGCUAUGGGACGGGAGCUGCUAGACGAGGGUGUAGAGAUUGAUGUGGCUGUUACUACGAUGCCUUUCUUCCACGACAAGGCGAAGGCGAUAGCAGAGUCUGGGUUCUACACUACUGGGGACGGGGGACAGCCAACGCAGACGUUCCUCGCGGGCUUUGACACGAUAGUCCGCAUCUUCAAUCCGAAAUACUACGACGAGGGUAUCCAAAACGCGCUGGGGCCGUUCUUUGAGAAUUGCAAGGUAAGGGUUACGACGAGGCCUGACGAGGCGUGGGGAGGGGUCGACGAACAGAGGGCAUGGUUGACGAAGGAGAGGGUGAGGGAUGUCGGGGGUGAUGGGGCUUGGGUUGAUAGAGUUCCAAUGGUCGAGGGGAGGGAGGGAGAUGAGGAUGUGAGUAGUUCGCGGGUAAGAGAGGUUGUUAAGAGUGGUGAUGGGAGUUUGGAUGGGUUGGUUGGGGAAGAGGUUAGAGGGUGGAUUGAGAGAGAGGCUUUGUACAGAGAUAAAGAUACAAGUUUGUAG